CUCAUCGUCUCUAUUAAUAGCCACCGUUCCUCCCCCACUGCCGGUGCUGCCCCUACACUUGCCCAGCUCAGGUUCUCGGUCAGUCACAGCAGCGCUGUCCUCCAAAGCUGCUGGACUCCAGGGCGAGCUGACCACCAACCGAGGCGGCCGCCUGCUUCCCACUCUUUCCAGGACAAGUCCAUCUCCACCAUGCCGCUCUCGGGAACCCCGGCCCCUAACAAGAGGAGGAAAUCCAGCAAACUGAUCAUGGAGCUCACUGGAGGCGGGCGGGAGAGCUCGGGCCUGAACCUGGGCAAGAAGAUGAGUGUCCCAAGGGAUGUGAUGUUGGAGGAGCUGUCGCUACUCACCAACCGAGGCUCCAAGAUGUUCAAGCUGCGGCAGAUGCGGGUGGAGAGGUUUAUCUAUGAGAACCACCCCGACGUUUUCUCUGACAGCUCGAUGGAUCACUUCCAGAAGUUCCUUCCCACAGUGGGAGGACAACUGGAGACAGCGGGUCAGGGGCUCUCCUAUGGCAAGGGUAGCGGUGGAGGCCAGGCCGGGGGCAGUGGCUCUGCUGGGCAGCAUGGCUCUGACCACCACCAUCAUCAGGGCUCCGGCUUUGGAGCUGGGGGUGCAGGUGGUCCUGGGGGCCAGGCUGGCAGAGGAGGAGCUCCUGGCACAACAGGCACUGGAGAGCCAGGAACAGGUGACCAGGCAGGUGGAGAAGGAAAACAUGUCACUGUGUUCAAGACUUACAUUUCCCCAUGGGAUCGGGCCAUGGGGGUUGACCCUCAGCAAAAAGUGGAACUUGGCAUUGACCUGUUGGCAUAUGGGGCCAAAGCUGAACUCCCCAAAUAUAAGUCCUUCAACAGGACAGCAAUGCCCUACGGUGGAUAUGAGAAGGCCUCCAAACGCAUGACCUUCCAGAUGCCCAAGUUUGAUCUGGGGCCUCUGCUGAGUGAACCCCUGGUCCUCUACAAUCAGAACCUCUCCAACAGGCCUUCUUUCAAUCGAACCCCAAUUCCCUGGUUGAGCUCUGGGGAGCCUGUAGACUACACCGUGGAUAUUGGCAUCCCCUUGGAUGGAGAGACAGAGGAGCUGUGAAGUGUUCCCCCUGUAAUUCACAUCAUUUUCCCUCUUUGCUUCCAAUCUGAGAGGGGAUGCUGGACAGGAUUCCCCAACUGCUACUGCAGUUCCCUUGUGGCAGUGGAGGGUGAAGGGGGAGCCAUUGCCUUUCUACCCUCGAGUUCCCACUGCAAAGCACCCUCCUCAUCAACUCAGCCCCCACUCUGCUGUCCCACAUGGCAUCUGCUCUCUCAUGGGGUCUUCUCCGCUGCCAGUAACAGUCAAUAAACUUCAAGGAAACCAA